AUGACUUUAAUCAAAUCUAUGUGGAUCAAUCGCGAAAUAAAUUAUAACGUAAAACACAGCAAGCAGUUGACUGCAAAAAUUUAUCUGCUAUACAGACAGACUCAGAAAAUAAUUCAAUUGGAGGAAAGGAAUGUUAUCGUAGAUAAUGCAGGAAAUGAAGAAAAUGAUUCAAUAAAUGAUACCAGUUCUCAGCAUGGAUUAAACAACAACAAAACACGAGACGACACAAAUGACGAGGAUGACGAAGAUGAAGAAGAGUCUGAAAGUGAAAAUGAGGAUAAAGAAGGGAAGAAAUACCCUAACACAACAAAAUUGAACUCACCAUCAGAUUCAUUUAUGAAUGCCAUCCAGGAAAAAAUUGAUGAGUUAUUGAAAGAUCAAUCUGUCACCAUUCAAAAUGUGAGUGAAUUUAAAAUAUACAACAUGUACAAGUUCGUAGGAGACGUUAUGAGCCACAUUUUCACACAAGAUUACUUGAGAAGUAAGAAAUAA